AAGGCCUACCCGGCCUGACACAGCUCCCGCCUCGGCACGUGUGGGAUAUCCUAAGGCUGGGAGCCGGUGAUGAGGGCAGGGCCUGGGAGACGCUUUGUGCUGGAAGGAGAAGGCACACCAUGGCGGCAGGCUGGCGCAGGAAGGGGCCUGUGCCGGGCGCCCGCGGUCUGUGACAUCACCAGAGCGGCACUGCAGCGACACUGGAAGGAUGGGGGCGAGCGUUCCACGCCGCCCGAACAGCGCGCAGGGGCAUGAGGAGCCCACUGUGAGCCCAAGCGAGGGGCUGGCAAUGCCGCUGCAGUGAGGGGGCUGGGGCGCAGCCGCCAUGGAUGAGAACAGGUGGUUUUGGAAUCUCAUUCAGAAUGAUUUCAAAACUGGGAAUAUUGAUUUAGAGGGUUGCAUGAGGCUGCUUGAAAAAAUGCAAAUAAAUUUUGAUGAAGACCAUUUAAAACAUAUUUUCAAGAAAACCAUUGACAAACACUCUGGAGAUAUAAUUAGCAUGGAUGACUUCAAAGCAAUUUAUCGAGCUCUUGUACACAGACCCGAAUUUGAAGAACUGUUCAAGGCUUACUCAACAGAUGGCAACAUUCUACCUGAUGGCCAGCUCCUUAAAUUUCUUGCAAAAGAACAAUUUCAAACUGAAGCUAAUGAAACAACUGCCUUAGAAAUUAUUAUGAAGUAUGAGCCCAUUGAUGAAGUGAGGAAGAAAAGGCAGAUGUCAUUUGAAGGAUUUAUAAGGUACAUGAACUCAGAUGAAUGUUCAAUAUUUAAAAGCCAGCACAAGAGCGUCUAUCAAGAUAUGACCCGGCCAUUGUGUGACUAUUUUAUUUCAUCUUCUCACAACACCUACUUGAUAGCUGACCAGCUAAUGGGACCCAGUCAUUUAUGGGGAUAUACCAGUGCUCUCUUAAAAGGAUGUCGUUGCCUGGAGAUUGACUGCUGGGAUGGCAACAACAAUGAACCCAUUGUGUAUCAUGGUCACACUUUAACAAGCAAAAUUCCAUUUCGUUCUGUAAUUCGUGUGAUUGACAAGUAUGCAUUUAUGUCAUCUGCCUAUCCACUUGUACUGUCUUUGGAGAACCACUGCAGCCCAAAACAGCAGGAAGUGAUGGCAGAGUGCUUGAAAAGUAUUCUAGGUGACAAACUUCUUUCUACACCAAUUGGUGGUGAAGUAGAUAUGACUCGACUGCCUUCUCCUGAGGCAUUAAAAUUCAAAGUUCUGAUAAAAAAUAAAAAAGUUGGAACACUUGAGCAGAGCCUGCUCAGGAUGGAGGAUGACUAUGGUGGUCAGGCAGAGGAAUUGUCUGACUCUGAGUUACAGUCUGAUGACGAGGACACAGAUGACACGUUACCUCUUCAGAGAACCAGGAGUCCUGCCAAAAGAAAAGGAGAUCAUAGAUCAUCACCCCUACCUCAAAAAAAAACCAAGGUGAAGAGGGCAAAGAUUGCCCUUGCAUUGUCAGACCUUGUGGUUUAUACCAAAUCUCAGAAGUUUGUGAGCUUUGAGCAUUCCCUGCAGCAUCAGCAGUGCUAUGAAAAUAAUUCCAUUGGAGAGAGUCAAGCACGAAAACUUGCAAGACUUUCAGCGAAAGAGUUUAUUUCACAUACUACGAGAUUUAUUACAAGAAUUUACCCCAAGGGAACAAGAAUGAGCUCUUCCAAUUAUAAUCCUCAGGAGUUCUGGAAUGUAGGGUGUCAAAUGGUGGCUUUAAACUUCCAAACACCGGGCACACAAAUGGAAUUGCAAGAUGGGAAAUUCCUGGACAAUGGUGGUUGUGGCUACGUGCUGAAACCUGAAUUCUUGAGGGAUCGCAAUACCACGUUUACACCCCGAAAUGUGGGAGCUUACAGCAAACCAAUGUCUCUGUCAAUAAGGCUGAUCAGUGGCCAUCAGUUACCACCCAGCGCCAUGUCGAAGACCAACAAAGCUGACCCCAUGGUGCACAUAGAAAUCUAUGGUGUGCCAGAGGAUCAAGCAAGAAAGAAAUCCAGUGUUGUAAAAAGCAAUGCUUUGUGCCCUAAAUGGAAUGAAACCUUCUCUUUCCACAUCCAAGUUCCAGAGCUGGCAAUGAUACGCUUCUGUGUGGAGGAUGAGGUGUCUCUGGUCAACAAUGAAUUUCUUGGCCAAUACACUUUACCUGUGAUGAGCCUGAAUACAGGUUACCGUAACAUUCCGCUGAUAUCCAAAGAUGGCAUCAAGCUGGAAUCUGCAUCGCUGUUUGCUCAUAUCUGGUACUAUUAGUGAUGUUCUGCAGAAGAAAUUGUUCUGGGGGAUUGUCCCCUGCUUUAAUAAAGUAGCAUUUCUGGCUUUGCAACA